GCAGCAUACUGGUGCGAGCCGGGGCCGCCGCCACUGCCGUCGGGGAAGGUCCCAGCGCAGACAUGGCCUUGCGCGGCGCCCGCCUGCGCCCAAGCCCCCCGCGCUCCGUGCUGUAGCCCCGCGGAGAGGCGGCCUCGACGGUGCGGACGGCGCAGACGGCCGGGCGGGCGGCAUGGAGGCAGCGCACCUGCUCCCGGCCGCCGACGUGCUGCGCCACUUCUCGGUGACAGCCGAGGGCGGCCUGAGCCCGGAGCAGGUGACCAAGGCGCGGGAGCGCUACGGCCCCAACGAGCUCCCGACCGAGGAAGGGAAGUCCCUGUGGGAGCUGGUGCUGGAACAAUUUCAGGACCUCCUGGUGCGCAUCCUGCUGCUGGCCGCCCUGGUCUCCUUUGUAAGUACGGCCCUGCCUGCCAUCCUGUGGUCGGGGGUAGCCUGGAGGGAGAGCCAGGCUGGGCAGCGCUCAGAGACCCAGGAGCCUAGCCGUGUCCUUCACACUGUGGGCGUCCCCGGCUGGCUCCCCAGCCUUGCCUGGCCCUGCCCUGCUCCGACUUCAGCCUCCCUUGCCUGAACCUCACGGCCCCUACACUGGGCUCCCGGCUCCCACCUGACCCCUCGAUCCAUCUUACCCUCUGGCUCUCAGCCAGCUCCGCAACUCACAUCUGCCCCUGCCAUGCCCUGCUGAGGACUAGACCUGCUCUACCUCAGCACUGCUGAUAUUUUAGAC